AUGGACACGGGGGGAGAUAUGAUCAAGAUGGACGCGCUAUUUGACGGGGGCGCGGCAGUGAGUGCCAUGGACGAACAAGUAUGGGAACAGGUUAAGCACAGACUGGGAGGUGGAAGACCCUCAAGACGAACACUGAGAAUGGCCGACGGAACAGUGGUACGCCCGACAGCAACCUGGUCAGGAAAAGUACAAGUCGGCAAGACGACCAUCGAAGUGGAACUCGAAGUAUUCCCAAGCGGGGGCGGAUGGUCUUUCCUAUUCGGUAAACUGGCACUAGCGGCAGCAAGGGCAACACACAACUAUGCAGUGGACGAGGUAGUGAUACCAUCAGAGGACGACACCCCAGGAACGGUGCUCAGAAACAGCAGAAACCGAUUGGAUGAGAGGCGGAUUCGCACGCAAACAGGCGACUACUUCACGGGAGUACUGUCCAGACUCGGAACCCAACACGACAAUGGGACAGACAGACGAGCAGCAGCAACGGGGUCAGUGGAUCAGCAAACAAGGUGGAGGGAGGAGAUCGGCAACGAAGAAGUAAUAGCGGUGAUCCAACACAUGAAGGAGAGAGCAGCCGCUCCCCAAGGAAGCAGCGCCAACGCGCAGGGGAAGUUCGAAGAGAUAACAUCGCCAGAAGCAAUGCCAGAAGACGACGCCACGUCAAUAUACACGAGGACAACAAACCCGUUCAAGGCCGAGCGCGUGGCGGCAGUACUGAAGCUGGUGACGAUAGGGACAGACCUCACAGAACCACAAUGGGAGCAAGUCCGAGCGUUCAUUGCAAACUACGCGGACGUCUUCGCACUGUCAGUAGCCGAGGUCAUACCGGUGGAAGACGCAAUGUACGCCCCCAACAUACCGCCGGGCCACAAAUUCAGCACGAAGGUGCACCAGAAGCCGAUGACACCCCCCCAGGAGGAACAUCUCCAGAGGCAGACGAGGAUGCUUGUAAAAGCGGGGGUGCUACGGCCAAUACACCCGCGGGACGUGCGUUGCGUAUCGCCGAUCAAGCUGGUGAAGAAGGAGCACGACAACCCAGGGUUGUCACAUGAGGAGCUGAAGCAAGAGCUCAACGAAGCGUGCGAGCAGGCGGGGCUACCGCGCCCAUACGAAACAAGCACGGGGAAACAGGCGAGGGCCGAGAACAAACCAGAAAGCCAGAAGUGGCGUAUCUGCCAAAAUUUUUACGAACUCAAGGCCCCGCUCAAGGUCGUACCAGUACCACAGGGAGAUAUACAGGACAAACAGCGCAGGUUGGCAGGACAUCGAUACGUGUCCAUAUUCGACUUUGCGUCUGGCUUCUUCGCGCUGAGGGUGGACGAGAGCGCGCAACCAUAUUUGGUAAUGUUCGUACCGGGUAUGGGGUACUACGCAUACACCCGGAUGCCGUUUGGACUCACGGACGCAUCAACGGAGUUUGGCGCAAUGUGCGCCGAUAAGCUGAGUGACUUACUCGUAAAUGUCAUGGAACUGUUUGUGGAUGACGGGGGAUCUGCAGAUGACACAUUCGAAGGCAUGCUCGACAAGCUCAAGAAGGUUUUUGAGCGGGUUCGAGCAGAAGGCCUGUCAUUAUCGGCCGCAAAGACCAAGCUCUUCAUGACGGAGGCGGUGUUCGCAGGCGCAUUAGUGGGACCAAAGGGAGUGGCACCAGACCCAGCAAAGCUCACAGCAGUGGUGGGCUGGAAAACUCCAGAGAACGCUACUAAUCUUGCAGCAUUCCUAGGACUAACAGGCUACUUUAGGGACAUCAUCAGGAACUACGCAAAAGAGGAGGUGCCACUAUGGAACCUGCUGAAAGAAGUCCCAAUACCAAAGAACGCAAGUCGACAGGUCUACCGUAAUACCAUGAAGAACUUUGAUUUGCGACCAAGAUGGACAACGGAACACACUAAGUGCUUCUUACGCCUCAAACAAAAACUGAUCUCGGCACCAGUACUACGGGCGCCUCUAUACGACAUUGUACGCGAACAUCCGUUCAUUGUAACAACCGAUGGAAGUAAGGACGCCUUUGCAGGCGUCCUCUCGCAACGGAUGCAGUCAACCACAGCGGAAGGCAAGGUGGUCAUACAAAGGCACCCGAUAGCCUUUGCCUCGAAAAGGACAUCCACGGCGGAAGAACGGUAUCAGCCACACCUCUUGGAAUUUGCCGCGCUGAAAUUUGCAUUAGACAAAUUCUCGAAUAUUGUUUGGGGACAGCCGAUCUGGCUCGAAACAGACUGCCAAGCACUACGAGACAUACUGAACAGCGAGAAACUGAACGCCACGCACAUGAGAUGGCUGAAUGGCCUCUUGGGGUACAACAUCGUUGAGGCAGAACACAUAAAAGGAUCGUCGAACGCAGUAGCAGACGCACUAAGCCGAGCAGCAGAGGGCACACCAAAAGAGGAUGGCGACGGAAGCGAGUGGACAGUAUCGCCGGAUUGGGAGGCCAGAACGGGGCUCACAAAUGACCUCUUCGCAGUGGAUGAAGAGGAGGAAGAGUUGGUUUGCACAGUAGUGCCGCUACCAGAAGGGACAAACGCCUUGAGGACCCGUCUACAGGAUGAACCGCUAUACUCACAAAUCAUAGAUGCAAUAACAGAGCUGAAUCUGGGGGACAGCAUCGCAGAACGAAAACGGGCGACCCACAGGGCAUCAAAAUACUUCAUAGAAAACGGGAAACUGUGGAGACUGGGAGGCGGCCCAUCCCUACGAGCACGAUCAAGGCGCGAGUGUAUCACACGGAAAGAGGCAUACAAGGAGGCCGCAAGAGCACACGCAGAAGGAGGCCACUUCCACAGAGAUUCAGUGAAGCUAGCACUGAUGGACAAAUAUCACAGCCCUGGCAUGGAUGAGUCAAUCAUGAAAGCACUAAUGGACUGCGCGAAAUGCAAAGGAUUUGGACCCGCAAACUUACACGCGUUGAUGGACCCAAUCACCCGACGCAGACCCUUCGAGCUCAUUGUGGGGGACUACCUGUCCAUGCCAGACGGCAAGGGCGGAAACAAAACAAUAGGGUUAUACCUGGACACGUUCUCUCAAUUCAUAUGGGGAUUCAUGCUAAGAGACUCAGGAACAGGGAAAACAACGACAACGGCUCUCGAACACAUAUUCGGGAAGUUCCACACGGCGGAGGUCUUCCUGUCCGACAAUGGCAAGCACUUUGCCAACAAGGAGGUUGAAGCGCUGAUAGGCUGGCUACCAGACGCGCUCUGCACCAGCUCUGUAAGGGCGUAUUUUUGCGCUUUUUACAGAGUUUACUCUUGA